AUGUCGACUAAAGGCGAGAAUGCCGCGAUGCUGGCAGCACAAGCUGGCUUCUUGAAUAACUCGGUUGAGCUUGAAGAAUUGAAAGUGGAGAAGGAGUUGGAGGACACAGCUGGGGUUUACCACUUCCAGUACAUGCUUUUGUUAGUGGUGGGCCUGCGCAUAGCAUUUGCUGUUAUGAGCCUUGUGUGUACGUGCGGCGACAUCGGUGACGAACAAGAACGUACUAGGCAUUUGCCGGACUUCCUGGUGAAGAUCUUCUUUCUCACAGCUUGCAAUGCCCCGAUCCAUUACGCUCUGGUCCCCGGCCUGCUGCUUCGACCUCACGCGCUGCUGCAGGUUUCAUGCAACAUUUGCUUUCCUUGCAGUUGGCCCACCUUUGCCCUGCUCGCAGCUGCCUUCUCGGCCUUUAUGAUCAAUGACCUCCGCGAUGCUUUUGCCGAGGCCAAGAAGGGUGUUGUCGACAAGCAGACCGUGACAGCAGUAAACAUAUACCAGGAUCCCAAGGUGCCCAUCUCACAGUGUGUGCACACCGUCCUGCUCUCCUCCAUCUUCGUUUGUGUGUAUUACUCCGCUAUGACUGAGCCCAUUGAGAUGACUCUCUUCUCCCGGUUUUUUUGGGCGUGUUCCCUGUUCGUGCAAUACCACAUCAGCCUGAACUCCUUCCGCCCUGAUUCCGAAACCUCCUUCACCAAGAUCAGCCGCUGGGCCUUGCGCCUGGAUGACUCGCAGGCAACCAACCACGACUUGUGGGUGGCCCUGCUGACGCAGGACUCAUUGUCGGAAGGCAAGGGCGCAUCCCCUCGACUCAGGCUCAGCGAAGCGGAAGUCGUGCUCCGCUUCUGCGUGUGUUACGUGUCCAACGGCCUCUAUCGGAUCUUUAUCGUGUACUCGCUCCCAGUCUACCUGGCAACCUCUGGGGCAGCGAGUGACUUUGCGCUGAACGCCUUCGCGGUCACGUUCGUCUCGGACCUGGACAACCUGCCUGCUGAUGUUGAGUACCAGCGGUUUUCCUAUCAGUCUCUGACAGAACCGGAAUCGGGACAAUGA